AUGCAUGUCUCUACUCCCAUCAUCGCCCUCUUCGCCAUCACUACUGGCGCCGUGGCUCAGACCUACAGCGAACCCGCCGCCACGUUGUCCCUGAAUAGCCCUAGCAGUGCCGUCGUCACAACUCCCAUCCCAACCAGCAGCAAAGUCGUUCCUCCCAAGAGCAGCGCAAUUACCACGCCUGCCUCAAAGACCUCCUCCGCCGUCAAGCCCACCAAGACUUCUGGCGGCGGUGGCGGUGGCAGUGGAAGUGGCUCGGGCUCCGGUUCAGGCUCAGGCUCAGGCUCAGGCUCAGGCUCAGGGUCCGGCGAGAAUGGUAGUGGCACCGUCCCUACAUACACGCCAGAAAAUCCAGCAGCAAAGAUUGACGCCCAAGGCGCAACCUAUCUUGGAGCUGCCCUUGGAGCUCUCGGAGCUUUUGCCGUCCUUGCUUAG